GUGCUUCGUGCUCGUUGGCAUACACGAGCGCGAAUACCGGACGUUGCCGUUCUUCACGAUGCAUCUCCCGAGAGAGUCCGCGGUGCAUAAGGAAUCGAUCGUGUCUUCUGCACUGAGGUUUGCACCGUAACCAGUACACGAGUGCUCCGCGAAUGACUCGUUCAUCAGGUAUUUUGACGGAUGCGUCUUCUCCAGCUUGCCGAAGCGGUCCGAAUUACACGAGAGAUCCAUACGAAGUGUCGCGAAUUCGCCGAGUAAGAGACCCGCUUCCGCUGGCCGGUGCCCGGAGGAGAGCUUUCUGCUGGCUUGGCUGCAAUACCAUUACGAGCAGCAACGCGAGCGAGAUUGGAUGACCGAUCGUCGCGUAAGCUUGAAUCCGCGAGGGAAGCUGGACGUGACCGGGCCCCAGCCGAUUCGGGACUUCCACUGCGAUUUGUCGGACAGUCUGGCGUUGAUCGCCCUCACCGCGACCUACUGUCCCUUUCUCGUUCACGAGCGCUUUGGCAACUUGUACGUCCGUCCGAGAAACAGCGAGGAGACGCUGCACAACGCGAUUUGCUUGGUCGCCGCUUGGCGACAGAUACGGCUCGGCUUUAUCAUCGCACCGAUGCAACUGGUCCAGCCAAAUCGAGUUCAGAUGCUGAUACUGCUGGCCCAUCUCUUCCAAACUUUACCGACGUACAUGCCCAACGCCAAGAUCAAGCUGAGCUGCCCGUUGUCCCAAACUGCGAACAAGCAAAUAAGCGUUUCGAAUCCGACAGACAACGCUGUAAGUUACUUAUUAUCAUUCGUCAACAACACCGAUCGCUUCUUCAGCGUCCUAAAUCCCAUGUCGGUCCUGCGUUUGAAUAUGCACGACAAUGGACAAGUGCAGAUACAGUUUCACGCCAAGAAGAUGAGAAAGUGUAGAGCGUACUUGUUGUUUUGCGGACGCGCCAUCGGGCCGUACUUCGGCGGCAAUCAAUGCAUUGUCUUGGAGGGUCAGAUCAACAACAUCGGAGUCAUGAACGAGUACACUGUACGCAGCAAAUUGUACGAAGUCGUCGAGACUAGUUUGAGAAUUAAAGUGCCUUAUCGAAACGCGGCAGAAUACGAUAUAUGGAUGGCGGACGAACGGCCGAAUCAUCCGUCUAGUUUACAAAUGACACGGUGGAGCAAUCUGCGCGCUAGAAAAAUACCGAGGAGACUCUUCCUAAACCAAAAGUCGAUAGUCGUUGUUGAGGGUGAAUCGGAAGCACGUUUAUCGAUCAGCAUAGGGUGCAUUGCGCCUAAACAGCGGAAGUUUUGGUUGAUCUUCCAGGCGAAGACCGGUGACUUUAUUAUUCAAAUAAACUCGACUUGGCAAGCGUCGGUUAACGACCAUAUUGUCAUCGAGUGGUCGGCUCGGGAAGAGUGCGUUUGCCCGGAUCAGCGAGGUGGCGCAAAAGAUACCUGUCCAUUCAAUUUCAGUGUACCCGUGCCAUCGCGCAACGUGCAACUCUGGAGAUGCGUGGCCGAAAUGUUUCAGAAAAGCCUUGAUUCAAGAGAGCGUAUUUUCUGGUCCAAAUAUUUAGAUACGCACAUCGGACUGCGUUUAAUACGAUGGCUAAUGAGAGACGAUACUGAUUCCGCGGCUUUAGAAUUUGCUCAUAUUUUUGAUAGCGCGGUCACGUAUAAAAUAGCAAUUUCCGACAAAGCGAGUCCUCUUAUCGCACCGGAAUAUUUCACUAUACAAGACGUAAGGAGGCCCAACGUGCAAGUUCCAAUCUCCAUACAUAUCUCGCCAAUGACUCCUUCUUUAUAUGAAACAACGAUGACUUUGACAUCUCUGAUUGGUAAAGAACUUCGGACGUACACCAUUAACUGUAUACAAUCAUAAAGCGAUAUUCGUUACACAAACAUACAGAGAUACAACAUACGAAAAGUUCCAAACGUUUCAAAUAUUUUACAAACACUUCUCUCAUGAUAUAAACAUUUAAUCUCGGUCAAGACAUUUUAAAGUCAUGACGAAAGAGCUCUACGUACAACACGACAAAAUAAAUCAAAAUAAAUCUUACCAAAUAGCAUAACCAAGUAGAUAACAACCAUCGUCUUUAUAAUGCGUGUGCUAUGAUAGUCUUUUAGACAAGAUUGAGAUGAAAUGACGUACCGAUAAAGAUUUGAAAAGUUUUUAUCAGAUUUUACAACGACCAAGUUAAGUUGCGACGCUGUAGACAUACGGAACCAUUUUCAAAUUUCCUGAGAACUUGGUGAUUUAAAAAAGAAUAAAAUAACAGAAAGGAUUAACAAAAGUAAAAUUUAAAGUUUAUAAUACAUCAAUAUUGAAUCUGUGGCACCAAGAAAAAAUGUUUUAAAGAAAAAUUAACGUAAUUGUGAAAUCUCGUAUCAGAAAUAAGAAAAAAAGAUCAAGCUAAGAAUC